AUGUCUGAUUCCCCCGGGGACAGUUCGAGCCGGGGCCCCGGGGGGAGGCCGCGGAAACCAGCCGGGAAAUGGCCCCGAGCCCUGCAGGCGGAGCGUUCCAAGGCGCGGGGCCGGGGCCGGAGGGAAGGGCGGGAGUUCGAGGCCCACGGGGAUCCCCAGCGCCUCCCGGGUCCAGGACUCCGGCGGGGGCGGAGAGCGAGGCGGCCCGCCCGGCGCUUCCUCUCCCUCUCCGGGCACGGCCCGGGAAGCAACGGUCCCCGAAGCGGGGGGUGGACCCCGCGGCCGAGACUCACCGGCGGGGCGGCGGCAGAGGCCCGGGGCGCGGGAGGCAGGAAGCGGCGCCCACGGGACGAACGACGCAGGCGCAGGCGCAUGCGCAGGAGCGCUGCAGGCCGGAAGCGGAGGGAACGAGCCGCGCGCCGAGGCCGGCAACGCGCAGGCGCAGGGUUGAGCGCGGGGAAGGGGGUAUGGCCCCGCCGGAGCAGCCCCCGCGAGUCGGGCGGGGUCAGCGAGGCGGCGUGCUCCCUUAUUGGUCAGCACUUCGCGCCUGCGCAGACGCGCGGCAUCGAGGAGACAGACCUGUGGAAUGAAUGGGUCGGUCGCUCUGACUGCAUGGAAGCGGUGAACGGCCUAUUGGGGAACGUCAAGUGUUAUUCGUUCGGGCUUGCACAAAGAGCACCAGCGGUGCGUCAGCGCAAGUCGCGAGCCCAGCGCGUCUACGGAGCCGCCGCGGCCGCGCGCUUAAGCCCCUCUUCUCAAGUCUCGCGAGAUCCGCGCGUCUCGCGGCUCCCCAGCCCCGCCCACGUCUCGCGAGGCCACGCCCCGGAAGCGCCGGCGCGCUGGGCGGGCUGGAGCUACGCGGAGGAUGGAUGCAGGAUGGAGGCGGAUGCGGAGCCCCGAGACGGCCGCGCCGCGCUGGCGUCCCGUAGCCCCGAGGAGCGCGCCGGCCCGGGCCCCGACGGCUGCCGCGAGAGGGCGCGCCGCUUGCGCGAGUUGGUGUCCCAGGGCCCGCCCGUGGGCAAGGAGGAAGUGGAGAACCUGAUCCAGAAGAACCAGUGUCUCUUCACGGACACCCAGUGUAAAGUCUGCUGCGCCUUGCUCAUCUCUGAAUCCCAGAAGCUGGCCCACUACCAGAGCAAAAAACAUGCCAACAAAGUGAAGCGCUACCUCGCCAUCCAUGGAAUGGAGACUUUACAGGGGGACACAAGGAUACUAGGCUCAGAUCAGAACAGCAGAAGCAGAGAUGAGAGCCAGUGCUGCCCAGUAUGCAGUGCCACCCUCUCCUCACCUGCCGUGGCUCGCUCACACUACCUGGGGAAGACCCACGCCAGGAACCUGAAGCUGAAGCAGCUGCCCUCCAAAGUGGAAGCUCUGUCCAAGCGCCUUCCCACCCCUUUCCUGGUGGCCUCCACUAUAGCUUCACACCAGAACCAUGAAGUCCCGAACCCAGACAAGUUCUGCAGCCUCUGCCAUGCGACAUUCAAUGACCCAGGCAUGGCACAGCAGCAUUACAUGGGCAAGAAACACCGGAAGCAGGAAACCAAGCUUAAGCUCAUGGCCCACUACGGGCGGCUGGCCGACCCUGCAGUUAAUGACUCUUCAGCCAGGAAGGGGUACCCCUGCAGGACGUGUAAGAUAGUGCUGAACUCCAUUGAGCAGUACCAAGCGCACCUCAGCGGCUUCAAACACAAGAAUCAGUCCCCCAAAACAACAGCUGCACCCCCAGGCCAGAGCCCCACACAGGAGCAAGCCCUGGAGAAAGAAUCAACUGCUGUGGACAGCCAGAGCGUCAGCCUGGCACUGCCAGGGGAUAGUGUGGAGAGCCUGGUCCCUGAGACGGUCAACAUUGAUGUCCCUCUACCCAUUCACCCCAGAACUCCAAGCUGGACCCAGGCCUCUGAAGGGUCUUACACACCCACUCCUGAUCCUCCGCAGGGGAACAGGAGUGCUGGCGGAACUGAGGACCUGGCGGGACAAACUAGCCGGAUGCUCUGGAGCCCUCAGAAUGUGUCUGCCCACAGCAGUCCAAAUCCCACUGCAGCCGUGGAGGAACCGAGGUCACCAGGAGCCUUGGGCAGCUCCAGCACAACCUGGGGCUUCCAUGCUGGGCCUGGGCAGGACAGGGCAAGUGGCAACGGCAGCCAAGUGACCUCGUGGAGCUCCUAGAACCACCCCUGUCCCACAAGGCCCCCAUAAAAGCAGCAGCUCUUCGGAGCCUGGGAACCCAGAACUCUGGCUCUGAAGCUACCUUGUGGACCAGAUCUCAGCCCAGCACAGCACAGCCCCUUCCUCCUGAGUGCUAGGGAGCUGUGGGGCCUCUUGGUACCUGUGCCCUUUCAUAGAUCUCUGGGAACAGCCCCAAGUUUCCACCCUGCCCACCUUCCCUCCAGUACAGACACCCACCCUAGUCUGGGGAUCCUUGGGGAAAACAGAAGAGUCACUGGAUUAAGGUGGAAGCUCCUGCUGUGGUCAUCCCUC